AUGGACAUCAACAAGGGCCUCCCAGUCAUCGAGAGCCAUAGGGACCUCCACAUAUGGAUCAUCGAGAACCUGAAGAUGGUGCCGGUACCUGAGAGGGCUUACGGGAACUUCUUCGAGGAACACUGCUACGUCAUCCUCCAUGUCGCCCAGAGCCCGAAGGCCACGCAGGGGGCGUCCAGCGACCUGCACUACUGGGUCGGGGCGGCGGCGGGCGCCGAGGCCCAGGGCGCUGCGGAAGCCUCUGUGCAGAGCCUGCAAGAGGAGCUGCGGGGCCCGACCGUACAGCACCGCGAGGCGCAGGGCCACGAGUCCGACUGUUUCCGCAGCUACUUCCGCCCCGGCCUCAUCUACAGGAAGGGAGGCCUAGCCUCUGGCCUCAAGCAUGUGGAGACCGACAUGUACAACAUCCAGCGACUGCUGCACAUCAAAGGGAGAAAGCACGUGUCUGCCACCGAGGUGAAGCUCUCUUGGGACAGCUUUAAUAAGGAUGACAUCUUCCUGUUGGACUUAGGCAAAGUGAUGAUCCAGUGGAAUGGGCCCAAGUCCAGCAUUUCCGAGAAGCAUCGGGGGCUGGCCCUAACCUGCAGCCUCCGGGACAGAGAACGUGGUGGUCGUGCACAGAUUGGCAUAGUAGAUGAUGAGGUCAAAGCUGCUGACCUCAUGCACAUCAUGGAGGCUGUGCUGGGCUGCAGAGUGGGCAGCCUGCGUGCUGCCAUGCCCAGCAAGAGUGUUACCCUGAUGCAGAAGGCCAAUGUCCGCCUCUACCAUGUCUAUGUGAAGGGCAAGGACCUGGUCAUCCAGGAGUUGGCAACCCGCCCACUGACCCAGGACCUACUGCAGGAGGAGGACUGCUACAUCCUGGACCAGGGUGGCUUCAAGAUCUAUGUGUGGCAGGGAUGCAUGUCCAGCCUCCAGGAGAAAAAGGCUGCCUUCAGCCGGGCUGUGGGCUUCAUCCAGGCCAAGGGCUACCCGACCUACACCAACGUGGAGGUGGUGAACGACGGCAGCGAGUCGGCUGCUUUCAAGCAGCUCUUCCGGGCGUGGUCUAAGGAGCGGGGCAGGAACAAGAAGCCGGGCGGUAUGGGUAAAUUGAUUCAGGUAAAGCUGGACGUGGACAAGCUUCACAUCCAACCUGAGCUAGCGGCCCAGCUCAGGAUGGUGGACGACGGUUCCGGGAAGGUGGAGGUGUGGUGCAUCCAGGACUUAUGCAGGCAGCCUGUGGACUCCAAGCAUCAUGGACAGUUGUGUUCAGGCAACUGUUACCUUGUCCUUUAUAAAUACCAGAAUUUGGGCCAUGUCCAGUACAUCCUGUACCUAUGGCAGGGCCACCAGGCCACUGAAGAUGAGAUUAAGGCCCUGAACUGCAACGCUGAGGAGCUGGAUCUCAUGUACCAUGGAGCCCUGGUGCAGGAGCAUGUGACCAUGGGCAAUGAGCCCCCCCAUUUCCUUGCCAUCUUCCAGGGCCAGCUGGUGGUCUGCCAGGGGAGCACUGGGCACAGUGGGAAAGAGCAGCCAGCACCUGCCACAAGGCUCUUCCACAUGCAAGGCACUGACAGCCACAACACCAGGACCAUGGAGGUGCCAGCCCGUGCUUCAUCCCUCAGUUCCAGUGAUGUCUUCUUGCUGGUCACAGCUGGUAUCUGCUACCUCUGGUUUGGGAAGGGCUGUAACGGUGACCAGCGUGAGAUGGCACGGAUGGUGGUCCCUGUCAUCUCCAGAAAGAACAAGGAAACAGUGCUAGAGGGUCAGGAGCCUCCCCACUUCUGGGAGGCUCUGGGAGGUCGGGCCCCCUACCCCAGCAACAAGAGGCUCCCUGAGGAGGUCCUCAGCUUCCAGCCGCGACUUUUUGAGUGCUCCAGCCACAUGGGCUGCCUGGUGCUCACAGAAGUUGUGUUCUUUGGCCAAGAGGACCUGGACAAGUAUGACAUCAUGUUACUGGACGCCUGGCAGGAGAUCUUCCUGUGGCUCGGGGAAGCUGCAAGUAAGUGGAAGAAGGAGGUGGUGGCAUGGGGCCGGGAGUACCUGAAGACCCAUCCAGCAGGUAGGAGCCCAGCCACACCCAUCGUGCUCGUCAAGCAGGGCCACGAGCCUCCCACCUUCACUGGAUGGUUCUUCACUUGGGACCCCUACAAGUGGACUAACAGCCAGUCCUAUGAGGAGGUGGCAGAGGGUAGCCUGGGAGCAGUACCUGUCAUCUCUGAGAUAACAGCAGAUGUCAACAACUUCCGGCUAUCCAGAUGGCCAGGUGCUUGCAGGGCAGGUCCCUCGGCCCUGCAGGCCCUCAAAGGCUCCCAAGACAGCUCAGAGAAUAAACUGGAGGUGGGCCCCAAGGCGAGUGGCAGUAGCUCCAGACCCAGCAGCUACGUCAGCAGCACCAGCUCCAUGAUCAAUGGGAGUCUGCCCCGCGAACAGCUGAUGCACCAGGCGGCUGAGGACCUGCCAGAGGGCGUGGACCCCACCCGCAAGGAGUUCUAUCUCUCAGACUCUGAUUUCCAAGAUAUCUUUGGGAAAUCCAAGGAGGAAUUCUACAGCAUGGCCACAUGGAAGCAGCAGCAGGAGAAAAAGCAGCUGGGCUUCUUCUGAACCCAGGCCUCUCCCCCACAAGCACCACCCCACACAUACCUGAGUCCCUGGGGAGAGCCUGCUCACACCCCCUGGGAGGCUCCUGGUCACC